AUGGCACCGAUCACUCGUAGAACCUCUUUCCCCAAAGUUCUCAUUGAGAAAGACUCUGACUCGGAACAGAGUUCAUCUGAUGAUGAAGAAGAAGAAGAAAUACUCGUAGAAGACGAAAAUGGGGUUACUGAUAAUGCCAAGAUUAAGAAACUGGAACUCGGUUUUGUUGCAAACAGUAAAGGGAAAACACCCAUUACUUUAUCUCUCCAAAAAGUUUGCAAGGUGUGUAAGAAGCCUGGACAUGAAGCAGGGUUUAAGGGUGCUACUUAUAUUGAUUGCCCAAUGAAACCUUGUUUUCUGUGUAAAACUCCGGGGCAUACUACUUUGAAUUGUCCGCAUCGGGUCUCUACUGAGCACGGUGUUGUUCCGGCACCCCGCAGAAAAACAACUAAACCUUUGGAGUAUGUGUUUGAACGCCAGCUAAGACAUGCCAUUCCUCUGAUCAAGCCAAAAUGUGUGAUCCCGGACCAAGUGCAUUGCGCUGUUAUCAGAUAUCAUAGUAGACGGGUAACAAGUUUGGAGUUCCACCCGACAAAGAAUAACAUCCUGUUAUCGGGAGAUAAGAAAGGACAAAUCGGAGUCUGGGAUUUUGAAAAAGUAUACGAGAAAGUAGUCUAUGGGACCAUACAUUCUUGUUUAGUGAAUACCAUGAAGUUUAAUCCUAGAAAUGAUUGCAUGGUCUAUUCCGCAUCCUCAGAUGGAACCGUUAGUUGUACUGACUUGGAGACUGGAAUAUCAUCCUCUCCGAUGAACCUGAAUCCGGAUGGAUGGCAGGGUCCGAACACUUGGAAAAUGCUCUAUGGCAUGGAUGUUAACUGUGAGAAAGGUCUCGUGCUUGUUGCCGAUAACUUUGGUUAUCUUCACUUGGUUGACAUGCGGUCCAACGACAGGAAUGGUGAUGCAGUUCUGAUUCAUAAAAAAGGUAGUAAAGUUGUUGGUAUCCAUUGCAAUCCACUUCAACCGGACAUCCUUUUGACUUGUGGAAAUGAUCAUUAUGCUCGUAUAUGGGACCUGCGUCGCUUAGAAGCUGGAUCAUCACUUUGCAGCCUUGAGCACAAGCGUGUUGUUAACUCUGCGUAUUUCUCUCCAAUAUCUGGAAACAAAAUUCUUACUACAUCGCAGGACAACCGUCUUCGUAUAUGGGAUUCUAUCUUCGGUAACAUGGAAUCUCCUAGCCGAGAAAUUGUGCAUAGCCAUGAUUUCAAUCGCCAUUUAACACCCUUCAAAGCUGAAUGGGAUCCAAAGGAUUCAUCCGAGUCACUUGCUGUUGUUGGCCGUUAUAUAAGUGAAAAUUUCAACGGUGCAGCCCUGCAUCCUAUUGAUUUUAUAGACAUUAGCACAGGGCAAUUGGUAGCGGAAGUCAUGGACCCAAACAUCACGACCAUCAGUCCAGUGAAUAAGCUGCAUCCACGCGAUGAUAUCCUAGCUACUGGAAGUUCUAGAUCUCUAUUCAUUUGGAAGCCCAGGGAGAGAUCCGAGCCCGUUGAGGAGAAAGAUGAAAGGAAAAUUAUUGUAUAUGGAAAAGCAGAGAAGAAGCGCGGUAAGAAGAAAGGUGAUGAUAGCGAUGAUGAAUCCGACGGUGAUGGGUUCUCCAAGCUCAAGAAGCCCAAGUCCAAGCAAACUGAGUGGAAGUUGGCCCGCUGCUCAAAAAAAGGAUAA